UGCGCCGGGGAGACUGUCCCGGGCUGCAAGGGCCUGUUAGCCGCUCGUCUGCUCGGGGCCCCGGAGCUCCGGUCGGGGAGGCGCUCCGACGGGAGCCAUGGAGCUGGGUCCGGGGGCCGCCGCAGGAGAGGAGUCCCCCACGCCACAGCCCCGCCGCCGCCGCCGCUCCCUGCGCCGCCUGCUCAGCCGCUUCCUGCUGGCGCUGGGCAGCCGCUCCCACCCGGAGGACUCGCCACCCCGGCCCCAGCCGGGACACUGCGAUGGCGACGGUGAGGGGGGUUUUGCCUGCUCCUGGGGCCCGCCUCCAGUCGCUCCCGGGAGCCCCGAGGAAGAGCGCCCGCCGGGACCCAGCCCCAGCUUCCCGCCGGCACCCCAGCCCCAGCUUCCCGCCGGCGAUGGGGCGCGCCCCCCCGGCGCGCAGGGCUUGAAGAACCACGGCAACACCUGUUUCAUGAACGCCGUGGUGCAGUGUCUCAGCAACACCGACUUGCUGGCCGAGUUCCUGGCGCUGGGGCACUACCGGGCGGCGCCGGGCCGCGCCGAGGUCACCGAGCAGCUGGCGGCGCUAGUGCGCGCGCUCUGGACACGCGAAUACACGCCCCAACUUUCCGCGGAGUUCAAGAACGCUGUUUCCAAGUAUGGCUCUCAGUUCCAAGGCAAUUCCCAGCACGACGCCCUGGAGUUCCUGCUUUGGUUGCUGGAUCGUGUGCACGAGGACUUGGAGAGCUUGUACCGAGGGCCAGGGUCCGAGAAGCUUCAGCCUGAAGCCAGUAAAACCUCUGAGAAUCUCCUGUCACCAUCGGCUCAGCUUUCUCUAGGUCACAGCUUUGUGCAAAGCCACUUUCAAGCACAAUAUAGAUCUUCCUUGACUUGUCCCCAUUGCCUGAAACAGAGCAACACCUUCGACCCUUUUCUGUGUGUGUCACUACCUAUCCCCUUGCGCCAAACAAGAUUCUUGAGCGUCACCUUGGUUUUCCCCUCUAAGAGCCAGCAGUUCCUGCGGGUUGGCCUGGCCGUACCAAUCCUCAGCACAGUGGCAGCCCUGAGGAAAAUGGUGGCAGAGGAAAGCAAAGUCCCUGUGGAUGAGGUGAUCUUGGUUGAACUGUAUCCCAGCGGACUCCAGCGGUCUUUCUUUGAUGAAGAUGACCUGAACACUAUUGCAGAGGGCGAUAACGUGUAUGCCUUCCAAGCCCCUCCACCACCUGGCCAGGAGAUACUCUCAG